AUGACCUCGAAGCUACCCCCGUUGACGAUCAGAAACAUCACAGUUCAUCCCCUGGACUUGAAAGUUGUGGAACGAUUCGACUUGGCUGGUCACGGAAUUGCCGGUGGGGGUUUCUCUAAAAUCACUCGAAGUCUGAGCGCACUUGUCAGCAGCAACAACACAACGCCAACUGCAGCGCAGCUUAUUCAGAAAGCCGAGAGUUUUACUGCUGAAGAAAUUUCAUUACCUAUCGCGCCGUUCUCUUCAAAGACUACAAAUGUAGAAACCAACGUUGGCGGUACCCUUCGGUUGACGUUUGAGCUAGAGGGGCAGAGAUACAGAAUCGACACUCCAACCACAGACGAAAAGUCGACCGUCCUUACUCCUCUCUCCCCAGAUCCGCAAUACGAAUUAACGGGUGUCUAUCUGCGCGAAUCUUCGUUCCUCGCGUUGUACUCUUCAUCAAGGCUUGAAUCAUGGAUGAGCAAACUUCCCAGUCAUCUUCCGUUAUCUGCUCUCAGUAUUCCUGGGACACACAACUCACCAACCUAUCACAAAGCUCUUCCUUCCGUUCGCUGCCAAUCCGUCGGUGUGAAGUUCCAGCUCGAAAACGGCGUUCGGUUCCUCGAUGUUCGGGUACAGCCUGAAAGCCAUGAUGAUGUUUCUAAAGAUGGCCUUGUUUUGGUACAUAGUGCAUUCCCAGUGGCCCUGACAGGGAGCAGGUACUUUCGCGGUCUGGUGGAGACAGUGUUUUCUUUUCUUGACGCAAACCCUACGGAAACGGUAAUAGUUUCGGUGAAGAGGGAAGGCAUAGGUAAAGCUACAGAUGAACACCUAAGCAGAGUCCUAUAUGAGCAUUAUGCAAGCGAUGACCGUCGCUGGUUUACAGAGAAUCGUAUUCCAACUUUGGGGGAGGUACGCAGUAAAAUAGUCCUUCUUCGACGAUUUAGUAUCCAUCCUGGUCUGCGGGAUAAGAACGAUGGACAAGGCUGGGCGAUGGAUGGCGAGAGUUGGCCAGACAAUUGUGCAGAUGGGCUAUGUACGAGUGGAGAAAUUCGAGUCCAGGAUUUCUACGAAGUUGCCUACCAACAGAACAUCGAGAAAAAGAUUGCAUUCUGUUCAGAACAUUUAGUCAGAGCUGCCAGAGCAACGUUUCCAAACCCUGACGAUCCCGAGGCUGCAAAGGAGGAGGCAGCUAAACGACCUAUUUUCAUGAACUUCUUAAGUGCGUCAAACUUCUGGAGAGCAAACUGCUGGCCGGAUAAGGUUGCUGCGAAAGUGAAUCCGUACAUGGUCGAUUAUCUGUGUCGAAAGCAUCACAAUGAUCCGGAAACUGCUGAUGAAGCCGUAGAUCGUGCCCAGAAUAACCGUCAGGGUGAUGGAAGCACAGGAGUUGUGGUGUGCGACUGGGUAGGCCAUAAUGGGGAUUGGGAUCUUGUCAGGUGUAUUGUUGGCAUGAAUGCUCGGCUGGAGACAAGAUAG